AAAUAUAGCUUUCAAACUAUGCCACGCACAACAAGACAGAAGAAACUAUUGAUAGAGCGGUUCAAGACCAUGAGUGAUGAGAAGCUCGAGCUGCUUAUACGGACUUCCAAUACCGUGUGCAACACCUACGACUCACGCAUCAACCGUAAGGUCAAUUCGGUGAAUGUGACCCUCUGGAACGUGAAGAUCAAAGAUGUUCUUGAGGUUGAACGUCGAAAGGCCUUGAGUAUGAAGACGUUACUCGAUGAUGUUAAAUCUAUGAACGUUGGAAAUUAGUGGGCAGGCCCACUUCCAAACCACCAGUUGGUGGAGUGAAUGGCUACUGUAUGGCAAGUCAUGGAAGAAUUCCAGCUUUACAAUCACAACGAACCAAAGCAAGAUCCAACCGAUCCCAAAUUGUGGAAAACUCGUCUGUGCUCUGCAAUACAUUUGGCAGAACCAAGCUACAUGCUCUCACGAUCUAAGUAUAUUAAAUAAAUAAGUCCUAAGCUUCUUCAGGAAUGUCAUCAUGGAAAU